GUUACUCUUGGCAUGACCGCUUUGUUCGGAGCAAGUGCAAGCGUAUUGUCAGGAUCGAAGCUGUUGCUACCGACAUCAUCCGACGCCAUGUCGCUGCUGGACUCAAACCAGACGGCGAGGGGCUAUUGACGGACAUCCUGCAGGACUUCAGAACCAACAUUGAACGGUCCAUAGCUGACCCCGAAGUCGUCGGGUUCAAGUCCAUCAUUUGCUAUCGAGGGGGUCUCGAUAUUCCGUGCAUGGCAGAUGUCGGAUUGGAGGGCUCAAGGCAAGCCCUCGAGGCAAUCUUUGCGGCAAAUCGAUGUGGCACUCCAUUCCAACGAUUGCAGAACCUACCCUUGAACCAUCUAUUCGUCCACACGACGGCCAAUCUCAUUGACACCAGCAGCGCCCUGCACAAGAAGCCCAUCCAAUUCCACACUGGCCUGGGUGACAACGACAUUACGCUCACCAAAUCAUCACCUGCCCACCUCCAGCAGUUCAUCAGCGAGUAUCCAUCGGUGCCUGUUGUGAUACUCCAUGCGAGCUAUCCCUGGUCAAGGGAGGCUGGGUAUCUAGCGGCGAUGUAUCCCAACGUGUAUGCCGACAUUGGGGAAGUGUUCCCAUUCAUUAGCCGAGACGGCCAGGAAGGCGUCGUGAAGCAGAUACUGGAACUGUGUCCAUGGUCCAAGAUCCUGUGGAGCACGGAUGGCCACUGGUUUCCUGAGACUUAUAUCCUGGCGACGACACAAAUCAGGUCUGUCCUCAAAACCGUACUAGGAGACUACGUUCGCAAGAAUCAACUGAACGAGGAACAAGCCGUGCAACUCGUCCGGGGCAUAUUGUUCACCAACUCCAAGAAGCUUUACAAUCUCCACUUGGACACUGUUCUCGCUCCAUCACCACAGCCGAUGGCGGCAAGUCUGGACAGAGGGCAAGAAACAACCCGAACCUCCCGGCCAAACCUGGCUAUUCUUGAGAAGCUACGAAAACUGGAAUGCAAGUGGCUCAGGAUAUACUGGCAAGACUACACAUCCACUGCAAGGUGUCGGCUGAUACCACUCAAGCGCGUCAUCGCCACGCUCGAAAGCGGCAAACCUAUGACGCUCUCAAUCACCAAGGCGGCUCUAGGCUUGUUGCCAAACGACGCCAUGAUUCCAGAGGCCACGGCUACUGGGGCAUAUGCCCUUCAGCCCGACUGGUCGUCUCUAAAACCGGGGCCUGCUCCCGGUCAUGCCAGCUGCUUUGGUGUGUUCCACGAGAUGGAUGGGAAAGAUGUCGCAAUAUGCCCACGGACGCUGCUACGAAAGACAAUCGAAACAGCUGCGUCCCAUGGGCUGACAUUCAUCCUCGGAUUUGAAAUUGAGUUCGUCAUCAUGGAACGUAAUCCCGAUCCAACGAGCGAGGAAAAAUACCGCACAAUGACAAACGACGGUCAUGCGUGGUCCGUCGCCCGAGUACUGGCAGACACGGGCCGAGAAGGCAGCUUCAACAGUGUCGUCGACGACAUCGUGGACUGCCUCGACGACGCCGGUAUUUUGAUCGAGCAGUUCCACUCCGAAAGUGCGCUCGGGCAGUACGAACUCGUGCUCCCCCCCAUGCCUCCCAUGGAAGUUUGCGAUGCCUUGCUACACACGCGUCAGGUCCUCGAGUCCGUGGCCGCACGACACGGUUUCCGUAUGACACUGCACCCCAAGCCAUUCGCGGAUCGAUGCGGCUCCGCCUCGCAUGUGCACAUGUCCGUCUCGUCUCCUGGUGGUGACGAACCCCGGGUGUACGAAGCAUUCUAUGCUGGGAUUCUCAAGCACUUGCGUGCCAUCAUUGCUCUCACGUACAGUAAUCCCACGAGCUACGAUCGCAUGGUUGAUGGCUAUUGGGCGGGCGGUAGAUGGGUUACGUGGGGUACAGAAAACAAGGAGGCUCCUCUGAGGAAAUGCGAGAACAGUCAUUGGGAAUUCAAGACGAUGGAUGGGCUGGCCAACCCGUAUUUCGCGGUGGCUGCUAUUCUUGCGGCAGGAACUAAUGGUAUUGUGAAGAGGGAGCGGUUGACAUGGGGAGACUGCGAGCCCGACCCCGCGAACCUCAACGAUGAGCAGCGGAAGAAACUGGGCAUCUCACAGAUGCUGCCGGCAGACUUGAAAGAGGCAUUGCAGGCAUUGAAAGAAGAUAGCGAACUCGGCGACCUUCUCGGACCGGCCUUUGUCAGGCGGUACAUUGACGUCAAGGAGGCCGAACUGGAGAUGCUCAAUCCAAUGGGUGUCGAGGAACGUCGCCGGUGGAUCAUGGAAAGAUACUGAGCAAUGACUCGGGCCUUCACCUCGUCUAUUUUCUGUGGAUAGAACGCAGAGUAGCCACUGCCGUGCACCGACGAAUUUACAAACGCUGAUUCAUCCCCAAAUUUCCGUACUUGCUGACUGACUAGUCCUCGGUGUUGAACAGCCCCCGCCAGGAAAUGAGGACGCCAUAACAAGUCUCGCAGCCGACGUUGCACUUCGACAGCGGUACUAUCGACGGAACUGACACCGACGGAUACGCAACAUGG